GGAGGGGGCUUCUCCGCCCCUCGUGUUUCUCCGCGACGAGGUCCCAGGAACGAGAUGCGGAUUGGGGGGCGGGUGGCAGCGACGGGCGGCGGCGUGCAGCGGCGAUCGUGUAGGACCGUCGAGCCGUGAACUGCCGUGAGCAGCCGUGAGCGUCGAUACCCCGAGGCCUGCAGGAAACCUCGAGCGCCGCGCGCGAGCCCGCGAUCAAUAAUCAACGGACGGACGAUUCGCGAUCGGUGAACCGCCCCCUUGUUCACGGCCGGGCACGAUCCGUCCCCGAUCCAUGAUCACGAUGAUCCAUCCGCAAUCCAUCCGCAAUCCAUCCGCCUCCAUCGCCCCCGACCCUGAGCCCAUCGGCGAACGAAGCACGACACAGCGUCACGCCCAUGGCAGUGGGCCCACAAGAUCGGCAUCCCAUCCACCCACGCGUCAUCCGCGCCCCUUGAUCCUCGCGCGACACAGCCGAGAGACGCGCGCUCGCGCUCGAAUCAAGUCGCCGAGCGUCCACGCCCAGCGCCUCGCGCGCGACUUCCGUGCACGCCGUCGCCGUCGCCGCCGGCACAGCGCCGCGCGCAGAGGGGACGCAGACGCCUUUCGCGGCGUCGACUACAUUGACACCCGCGGUGCUCUGCGGCGCGUAUCGCGCCGUUUCGAGAGCGCACCGGUGACACCUGAGGUCCCAGGAGAUCCCACGCCUGCCAACCCUGUGAUGCUCGGUCUGAUGAAGACGUGCUCGCAGGCCCACACAGAACCCCGUGCGCGUAAACGCGCAGCACCGAAUGAAUUCAAAGAGACGCGGAGGUUGAUAGACGACAUCACUCGGCGAAUGGUCGAGCGCCCGAUGGAACAUAUAUGCACAUCGGAGCGCUGAAAUGGGACACGGCGCUCCGAGCGACGGCGGCACACAUCUGGAAUGCGAAAAGAGAUUCGCGUUC